AUGAAAUUACCAUCUAGUAUUCUUAGUUGCAAGACCCUUAAGGUUCUUAAGUUGAAAGGAAUAAUAGUGAAUGGUUUUUCUCAUCAAGUGGAUUUUCCUGUUCUUAAAAUUCUUCAUUUAAAGAGAAUGAUUUUCGAACGGCAUGAAUUGCUUGUUAAACUUCUCUCUGGUUGUCAAAUACUUGAGGAAUUGGAAACCAAAUAUUUAGGUUUUCGUAAUGGUUUGGGUGUUCCAGCGAAAGAGUUUGAUGGCUUGUUACCUAGUUUAGUCCGAGCAAAGAUUUAUUGUCAUGAUUCUAUUAUUCCUCUUCAUUUGGUUUGCAAUGUGGAGACUCUACAUAUGGAACAGGCACAAUUGAAAUGUUGCAGUAAACUUCCAAUGUUUCAUAAUCUGACACAUGUGAAACUUAAAUUUUUCUUUAAUAUGUGGGGUUGGUUGCAACAAAUGCUUGAACAAUACCACAAACUUCAAAGUUUAAUCAUACAGGGUUGUGAAUAUCAAGACGAAAGUUGGAACAACCAAAGUUGGAACGAUCCACCAAUCGUUCCAAAGUGUCUUUCAUUGCACCUGAGAACAUGUUGUCUUGCAGAUUGUAAAGGCACCGAAUCUGAGCUCCAAUUUGCAAAGUAUAUUUUACAAAAUUCGAAAAUACUAAAGACUAUGAAAAUUAAGUAUGAUUGUUGUGCAGAUAUAAAAGCAAAACACCAAAUGACAGCGGAAUUAUCUUCAUUCGCAAAGGACUCUACUAUGUGCGAAGUUGUUUUUGAAAACUUGAUAACUAAUUCUAUUACAGACUAA